CCCCGGCUUACCCGAUCGCAUACAUGCAUGUCCGACUUGAUGGGGUCUUGGUGUCUCUUUUGAUCUCGAACGGGGAAUGUCAAAUCCAUAUUAGAUCUCAGUACACUCGUUGAAAUGCACAUGACAUACAAAUUUCAGUGACCGAACGGAAAGCUGCGGACUCGGCUUUGCGAUGCUGGCAGAUCACUGACCGUGGUGUCACGCUGGCGGCGCCGUGCACAUCUAUCAAGCAACAGGCCAAUGCGAGCUGUGCCUUACUCUGUACCCAGUCGUCGGAGCAGAGUGUGCAGCAGCAGCAGCAGCAGCGUGGAUGCUAGGAGACGGGAUGGGAAGAGGAGGGUGGAACGUCCGCCAUAGCCGACAGAGGUGAAGGGUAGCGGGUGGUGAUUCUCGGAGGGUCCGUAAUGUCUCCGUAUGUGGGCUGCCGCAGAUGCUUUGACUGUUGAUGUGAAUCGCUUACUGGACCGGCCGGAAAGGCAAGUGCGAAGAGAAUUCGAGGUCAGUUGCUGGGUAGUUAUAGUCACGAGUUACCUUCGUCGGACAGGCACGUGUGUGCUGACCCGCAGCUGCGAUGAUUCUGAUAUAAGAACUUUCUCCUGUACUUGCUGCUGCGUAGAAGUUGGGGAGGAGAACAGUCCCUGGCAGACGACGAAUGUUCUUGCCGGAAUAAGAGCCUCUUGCUGGAUCUUGCGACCUCGCUUUACAGUGAUCCCCUCCGGGAAUUUCCAGGCUCCUGUCUCAAUCCCCAGGUCCUCUAUAUUUUCCCCUUCCGCUUCGACCUAAAGUAGAUUUUACUUGCUCUCCCGAUCCCCGGAUGUCAAACAAUUCUGCUUAAAUUUUACGUAGCAUAGUGCACUGAAUUAGUCCUAUGAGCAAGCAAGCAAGCAAACGAGCUGAGGUGCUUUUGGAUCCCCCAUAUUUUUUCUCAGUCGCGCACUUUUGAACUAUUGGGCGAGGUAGCACGAUUGGAGACAAUAAUCAAACUCAGGUUCUGAGCUCUUAAGUCAAUGUUCGGCAAAUCUGGUGUCUGACGGUCUUGUUGUCUCCUCAAAGUUCAAUGAAUGGGUCGAGCGGGCACAAGGCUAAAUUUGGGAGAUGACUUGACCGUGCAUCGGAGCAAACGGACAGCAACCCGAGAAAGUAGCACAUCCAUCCCCCUACAUGACACAUGUUCCCUCACAGGUGUCACUGUGAUGAUCAUAAAUGCGCAAAGUGUUCGACCUUGAUCGAUCGGAAAGGGAAGAAACUAGGAUCCACGAAGAUGAAGAUGCUUGUUUAAAUCGC